AUGUCGCAAAUGCAUGCCGUUGCCGAUGAUUUUGAUGCAGCAGAGCUAAGAUUUUCCAAAGAUUUUGAGAAUGCCGAUACUCUUACGCUCGCAGAAGUAAAAAUCCUACUGGAACAUAGAAAAGAACAAAACGAGAGUGCUACAGUUCAUGAACUGGAAAUGUCUCCUGUAUUUACUAAGACUUUAAACUAUGUAACACAAUUCUCGAAAUUCAACAAUCGUGAAACAAUUGAAAGUGUAAGAAACCUUUUAUCACAGAAAAGAUUCCAUAAUUUCGAACUAGCCGCUCUUGCCAAUUUACUACCAGAUACAGCAGAAGAAAGUAAAGCAUUAAUUCCAAGUCUGGAUAGUCCACGAUUCACCGAAGAAGAAUUACAGCAACUGUUAGAUGAGAUACAAUCAAAGCGUAGUUUUCAGUCAUAA